GAGGCUGGGGAGGUGCGGCCGGCACCGCCCCGCUCAGUCCCGGGUAGCGGCGCCGGUCGUGCUCCUGGUGCCGGUGCCUCUUUCUCCUCGCCGGCCGCCGGUUCCGCCGCGCCAUGAACUCGCUGCUCUUCGGCGAGAUGGCCCGCGCCUUCUCCCCCGGCGCCGCCGCCUCGUGCGCGCUGGGUCCCGGUGGCGGCGGCGGCCCCGGCAGCCCCGCGGCGGCGGCAGCGGCGGGGGGGGGCCCUCCGGUCACGGCCGCGCUCCGCAACGACCUGGGCUCCAACAUCCACCUGCUGAAAGGGCUCAACGUGCGUUUCCGCUGCUUUCUGGCCAAGGUGCACGAGCUGGAGCGGCGGAACCGUCUGCUGGAGAAGCAGCUGGCGGCUCAGCAGAGCGAGCGCGACCGCCGACUGCGCUACAAGACGUUCUCCCGGGACCAGGCGGUGCAGACGGGCUUCGGGCCGCCCCCGCCGCCAGGCCCCGGCCCCGGGUUGCCCGCCGCGCCCCCCGCCUCCCCGCCGCACUACGGCCGCCUGCCCGGCACUAUCUGGAGCUACACGCAGGUGCGGCGCACCGGGGGAGGCGGGCUGGAGACCGUGCAGGGGCCCGGCGUGUCCUGGGUGCACCCGGACGGCGUCGGGGUGCAGAUCGACACCAUCACCCCCGAGAUCCGCGCCCUCUACAACGUCCUGGCCAAAGUCAAACGCGAGCGGGACGAGUACAAGAGAAAAUGGGAAGAGGAGCUUACAAGGAGACUGAGUCUGGAGUCUAUGGUAGAAACCUUGCGAGAGGAGGCGCAGGAAGCGGAAGCUCUCCAAGAGGAGUUAAAUGAAAAGAUUGAGCGACUGAAAGCUGAACUUGUGGUCUUUAAGGGUCUGAUGAGUGAUCCCAUGACAGACCUGGACACAAAGAUUCAAGAAAAGGCCAUGAAGGUGGACAUGGACAUCUGUCGGCGAAUCGAUAUCACAGCCAAGCUGUGCGAUGUAGCGCAGCAGCGCAACUCGGAAGACGUUUCCAAGAUAUUCCAGGUGGCUUCCAAGAAGAAAGAACGCAAGCUCACGUCUGAUGAUGACCUCUCUGAACAGGAUGGAGACAAUGGCAGGUUCUCUGAUGAUGAGGUCAGCUGCUCUUUGAACAUCACAGAUGAGAUGAAGCGUAUGUUCAAUCAGCUUCGUGAGACAUUCGAUUUUGAUGAUGACUGUGAUAGUUUAACGUGGGAGGAGAAUGAGGAAACGUUGCUGCUUUGGGAAGACUUCACAAACUGCAACCCUUCGAUUGACCUCCAAGGAGAGGAGGAAAACCUGGGAAACUUGAUCCAUGAAACGGAGUCCUUCUUUAAAACGCGAGACAAGGAAUACCAAGAAACAAUAGGGCAGAUAGAGCUGGAAUUGGCCACAGCCAAGAGUGACAUGAAUCGCCACCUUCAUGAAUAUAUGGAAAUGUGUAGCAUGAAAAGGGGCCUGGAUGUACAAAUGGAAACCUGCCGUAGGCUUAUCAAAGGCUCGGCUGACAGAAAUUCUCCAUCUCCCAGCUCUGUAGCCAGCAGCGACUCAGGAAACACAGAUGAAAUUCAGGAUGAGUUGGACAGAGAGACGGACGUGGAGCCCAUGGUCAGCUGAUACGCAGCUGGAGCAUUCUAGUGAAAGGGAAGAUAUAAGAAAAGAUUAAAAAACAAUUCAUCGGAGGGAAAGAAAAAGACUUCUAAGCCCUUGCACAGGGUUUUUAAGGACUUAUUCCUACACGCAUCCCCGCCCCACCCGAGGAUUGGUGCUGUAAAUUUCUAUUGUUACACAAAUCGUGAACGCAGAGUCCUGUAAGAAAACAUGGUAUUUUAAUUGUGCCUUUGCCCCAAGCUGAGCCACUUUGAGCUCCAGUGGAAUAUUAAUAGCAGGUGUUUUUAUAAAAAAAGUAUUAUUUAAAAAAAAAACAAAAACCAAACGAACCUGAUAGCAGCAGAAAAUGGUGCUGCAAAGGCUCUGGGUGUUCCAAUAAGCUUAUGGUUUUAUUGAACUGCUGCACUGAUUGACAAAGGGAACGCUGGCAAGAGGAGAAGCGAACCCAAGGCAAUUCUGGUACAAUUACCAAUGUCUGGCACAAAAAGGGAUGCCUCCAAAUUGAACCGUAACCAUGUAAAAAUAAUAGCGGAUUUAGAGACAGCUUUUAGGAUUAAGCAGUUCUACAAUAUUAAAAGGAAUGUCUUCAUUCUGUCUUCCUGGGUGGAGGAGCUUGUGCAUCUUUCUGCUGAGAUCAGGUGGGAGCUCGGUGGCGAAGCAUGCGGACAAAGGGGGCGGGGUGGGAGGACCAUCACUGAUGACACUACUAUGCAAAAACAAAAAGCUCGCCUUAUUUAUAUGGAAUGUUUGGUCCCUGCUGGGCUGCGGUUAUCUUUCGGGAAAGGAAAGCUAAAACCACAUUUGCACACGUUAGUUACCUGUAGAGCUUCUUUUGAGGAGGAACGUGGUAUCACGAUGCCUUUGUUUCCAGGGAUUGGGUUAAGAGGGGAAUCAGCCCUUCAGUUCCCGUGGUGUUCUGGUUUUCUUUUUUCAGGAAUUAUUUGUUUUCAAACCAUAGUGUUUGCAGAUUUUACUUUGCUGACAGGGAGAGAACUCCAUUUUAUGCUGCUUUCAUGAUGUUUGGAGCGGGAUGGUUGAAGUGGUGGUGUAGAUGUAGGCUGGAGACAUGACACUGGGAGAGUUCCAACCACUGUUUUUCCAAGAAGCUGAACAUGGGAAAACAGUGUAAUCCUUUUCUGGGUGUAGUAAUGUGAAUCCCAACCUACUGCUGCCCUAGAAUUGGGGAAGAACAGGCACAUGCUUUCUUUGUGAGAAAGUGGGAAGACCUAGGUUUGUUGAUCCUUUUCGCAGGAGAAAGCUGCACCAAAAGUCAGAUCACUUGGUGGUACCAGAGGGAACGCUGGCAUCAUCAAGCUGUUCAUGGUUAUUCAUGGGAACCGUAGCACCUCAGCCAGGUAAAAACAGGGUAUAAAACCUCAGCCAAUAAUGUUUUGUUGGUUUUGCAGACCAAGCCUGAAAGUGUAGUUAAUACUGUCUAAAGGUGACUGUAGUUAAAUAGCAGUUGCAAGACUUGGAAUAAAUACCAAAUGUAUUCUUUUUCCUGCCAGGAAGCUUAGAAACUGCUGUGUGGGAGCAGUGCUAGGACUGGACAGGGAAAUUCCCAAUUAAAGCACCCUCUCAGUGUUAUGUAAAGGUGAGCUGGCCACUCUUUUCAGUUUCCUGAGUAUUCUUUCCAAGCCUCUCUUAUGCAUCAAUCCAGAAUCAGUGGGGUUGCAUCAUAAGCAUUCAGCCAGCGUAGAACAGUGAUGCUUUUUCCAAAAAAAAGCACAAUUGUCUCGGCAAGGGACACAUUCCAGGGUGGAAAUGCCUCUCCAUUUUGUGCAGCUGUGCAGAGGGGCAGGACCUCAGAGGGCACUGGUACUGUGGGUGUAGAAAUCUCUUCUCAGUUGGAGUCUCCUGUGGUGCUGCUGGGAGUUCCAUUGCUGUUUGGAUCCAUCUCCUGCUGGGACAUGUUGGUGCUUUUAGGCCAUAUGAAGCAAAUGGGCUCCCUGUGUUUUUCAGAGUGGGCAGGAGUACCAGGAUGACCCAUCUGGAUCCACAGUGUGGAGCUGUAAUCCACAAUUGAUGGUUUCUAUCCAAGAAAAUAGAUCCAAGGAUGUUCUUGUGGUUUCCUUACUGACUGAAAUACUCAGUGCAGUUACAGAGUAGCCAGCAACUUCUUGGUUCCUGGGAUGUGGGCUAGGGGCUCUUCCAAAGCAUGUUUCACCAUGUAAAUGUAGAUAACAUUUGGCUGGAAAAGAAAUCUCAUUCCAAAGUGCUCAUUCCUGUUAUUUCUUAGGUGGCGAAAGUGGUAAAUGCCAUGUUCGCUAGGGCUGCGAGCUGGGGUAGGUGGGAGGGAGCAAGAGAUAGGGUAUUUUUUGAGGGGGCUAGGACUGCAUGUUUUCAAUAAAGUAGUCUAAAGGUUUUCAAGCCUGUAUGAACUUCAGCUGCUAAUAUGUGGUUUCUCACCAGGCUGAGAAACUGUCUGCCAAAGCUGAAUGUCUGUAAUGCUUUAGUGACUUUGGUGGAGGCAUUGUUAAGCAAUUGACUUGCACAGUGAAUCAGCCUCAUCAGAGGCUGUCGUGCAGCUCUCCUCAGUUAGGAAAUGCUCUUUGGUACUGGAGAAGUUGAGCAAUUCUAACAGCCGUCCGGCUUCGCUGCUGCUCUUUUGAUUUUUCUUUCAAACUCAGUGUCCUAGUAGGGAAAAGGCUUCUCUAUCUUGAGGAUAGAGAAGAGUAUCCUCAGUUUGACAGCGAGAGCCAAGUGAGGAGGCAGAAAUUCAGCUGCCGAACAAGGUAGCUGUAACCUGCGGUUCCUCUCAUAGCCAUAAUUCUGAGCAUCCGUACUUGUUGGUAAGUAUAAGGGGUGGGGGUCUAUAGUAGCGGGUAUAGGAAUCAUGUGUACGAUGGUGAUGUGUAUGAUGGUGACUUGCCAUGGUGGUUGGUGUCUAUUUCUUGUAACCAUACGUAAUCCAUUUUUAAAGAAGAAAAGGUGUUUUCAUACUCGGGAGUGGGGUUUUGUUUUCAUUAAGGCUGUUUAGGACUGGGUGGAUCAGCCUCUCGGGAGUUGGGAGGGUUGGUCCUCGGUAGUUUCCCUCGGAGGUUGUUGGUAUGGUCUCAAGCAAUGCUGCUGAUGUAGCUGACGACGGUCCUGCCCUGUCGGCUGUAACCGCUGUAUGGAAACCGGAUCAAAAGCUUGCCAGAAACAAACAGUGACAAUGCUGGAAAUGAUUUUGAUGACCUCUUUCUUUUUCCUUUGUAAAGCUGUAAAUACUUUAUUUUUGUUUUCUAUUCUCAAAGUGGUGUCAUAUUGACACUUUUUUAGACUUAAAAUCAGAAAAUCCUCCUCAUUCUUUCUCAUUUUUUAAAAGGGGAAUUUCAAGGAAGCAAAUUUUUUUGCUUGUUAGCGAUGUAACAAAAGAUCAAAUUCCUAAAAUGGGUUUGUACAAACAAAUACAUGUUUUCAGUACACAAACGGCAGUUGCUUUUGUAGAUGCAUGUUCAAAAAUGUCCAAAGGAUAAUGUGGUAAAAUGUUUUUUUGUUUGUUUUUCAAAGGCUUAGUGAUUAGUUCACACAAGGGAAAAAGCAAAAUUCUUUAAAAACAAAGUGUUGGGGCAGGGAAUGUAAUGAAACUCAUCUAAGCUAAAUGUGUAAUCUAUUUAUAAAAACACAAUAUAUAUUCUAUUUUUAUUAGAAGUUUUUAAAGCGCAAACAGAAUUCUGUUCGCGAAUGCAAUUAUUCCCGUGGAAAGAUUCCUCUGCUCUGAUGGAAUUCCAAAUUCUCCAUGAAAAUAUCCGACAGGUAUGGCUGUGAGUACUCGCUAGCGCUUCCUUGGAGCAAGAGGGAAAGCCGAACAGGCUAACAGCUGAUCUGCAACUGCAGAAUUAUUGCUGUUUCCCCUGGGUUUUAUUUUUCCCUGAUUCCCAGGCAUUCUUGUCCCCCUAAAUCUCCAGGGGAUUGCAGCACCAGGUGCCCCAGAGUGGGCUUUGUGUUCUACCUGGUUAGAAUGUCUACGCCCGUAUAACUUGGAAUUAAUUUGAUGAAACAAAAUGCAGAAUUGUGCCUGAAUAUAGAUCGAAAGUUGCUGAUUUGAGAUUUUUUUUUUUUUUGCAUAAUCCUUCCUGCCACCAUAAAUACACAUGGGGUUAUCGCUCCGAGGCUGGCUGCGGAAAGCCGUGGCGGGCGGUUGGGUGCUCACAGCCGUGCCACAGCGCUGCACUCUCAGGAAAGCAGCUAUUUCCUUCUGUUUCAUUUGGCUCUGGAAAAACGGGAAAGAUUGUUUGUGUUGGAGCACGCAAGGAGGAGAAUUGUAAUACUGGGAAGUCUCUGAUGGGGUUUCACAUCUGAGAGUGCUUCAUUUUAGAAUCAUAGAAUCAUUUACCACAGGGGGGGCUAUAAGAAGGAAAGGGAGGGGCUUUUUCCAAGGGCCUGGAGUGUAUAGGAUGAGGAGGAAUGGCAUUUAAUUGGAAGGGGGAAGAUUUAGACUGGAGAUUAGGAAGAAAUUUUUGACGAGGGUGGGGAGGCCCAGGUUGCCCAGAGCAUUGGUGGCUGCCCCAUCCCUGGAGGGGUUCCAGGCCAGGUUGGAUGGGGCUUGGAGCCCCUGAGCCAGUGGGAGGGGUCCCUGCCUGUGGCAGGGGAGGGAACUGGAUGGCUUUGAAGUCCCUUCCAACCCAAACCAUUCCAUGAUUCUAUGAAAGGACCUUUGAGAUCACAGAGUCCAACUACUGUCCACUACUAAACCAGAGCUGAAUGUGUAAAGAACGAUUUAUCACAGCAAAAUUGAGGAACGGUAAUGCUUCCUUGCUGUAAUAAUACCCUCACGAGGAUUUUCCACAUGUUGCUGCAGGACUUCUGGUUUUUAUUCGUUUGCACUGGUCCAGGACUUGGUUCCAGGAAAGACACAGGUUUUAAAAAUCUUUAAGUCACCCAAAUGCUUGAUUUUUAAGCUUUAGAUAGAAUGUAACUUCUAUCAGUUUGAAUUUGAAAUGAGAAAAGAAAUAGCCAUUUGUGGCUACACAUCGCAUCCUGGUGUUAAUAAUGCUGGAUUUGGAGGUGGACUCAAAACAGCACCUGCCAAACUCUUAUUACCAUCCUGUUUCCAGAGAGGGGAGCAUGGAAGGUUGGAACCCAAGUCUUUGGCAGAGAAGAGAAGAAAUGCGUGGUUAUUUCUUUGUCUGGUUUUGUUUGUAGUUCAGUGUCUGCUGACCCUUCUGCAUUGCAGGAGCUUUUCAAAGCUUCUCUUUUGAAGAAGCAAUGAAUUUGGUAUCUGAUGAGUGUAGAAAUGACGAUUCUUUCCUAAUUUGAGGCACUCGAGCAGUGAAGCAUGUCUGUAAGCAAAGGUGGUACAUGUAGGUCUGGCUGGCCCUGUCUGUGGAGGAAAUCAUGUUAUUAAUGCUUAGAACAAACCCUGGGGUAGCCUCAAACCAAUGUGACCUCCCUGGCAGAACAUCCCAGUCCCACCAUGCCCCAAAUCCUGCGUCUGUGGUUUGUUUGCUGCCCAGAGUGAUGAUCCCUGCACAGAUUUCAUCUGAAAUCCUAAAGUUCAUUUCUUAUUAGAGAGGACUGAGGAUGAGGAAAAGCUUGGUCACCAGCCACACUUUUUGUGUAACGUGGCUUCACUGAAACACAGGCAAUUCAGUCCUUGAAACGCCUUAUCUGCAGCGAAAGUGUACGUAGCUAAGUUCUACCAAAAAUGAUUAUUUAUUAUUUAAUGUGUUUAAGUGGAGGGUAUUGAUGACUCUGUCCCCAUGCUGUGUCACUUCUUGUCAGUUCCUCUUAGGUCACAUAAGAAUUUCUUUUAUACACCUUCAAACAGACUACUGAUCAGCGUGGAAAUGAACUGUUUACUGUACUGUUGUAAAUAUUGUGCUUUAUAUUCUGUAUAUUAGCUUCUUUUAAAGAAAAAGACUGAACUGAUGAUGCUAUAUCAUCUCUGGUGAGGAAAGGAUGAAGGAUGGACCAGCUCCCAAGCUUGCUCCGGAGUCGAGAUGCAAAUCAAUUUCUUCUGUGGCUGGAAGGCUGUGCUGGGAAUUUGCAAGCAGACCAAGAGGUGGUGGACUUCAAACCAUCAAAGCCUUUGGAUACCUAAUCCACUUCAGCAGUGGCACCAAGAAACACCCGCAGCCAGAGCCAGACGCAUUCACACUCCUCUGAGUUACAGUGGAUUAUCUCCAUUUUCCUUUUUUAGUGCCAAAACCACCCCCACUGACCCCUUCCAGGUCUGCUCUCCGGCUCCCUGUACACCUGGCCUCCCAUUCCGCGUCUAUCUGUCCGUCCUAGGCCGUGCUGCCCCUUCGCAGCGAGUUCAUCCUUUGGCGCUCGACCUAUUGACUUUUCAAUAAAAAGGGGCACGUGGGAGCUUGGCAAUGAAAAUGGGUCACAGUCCUUCUCUGGUUACAAGGAAAAAAAAACCUAUAAAAUAAAUACUGAA